AUGAUUGAUAUUAACAACGAAGAUAUGACACAAAAUCAUACAUUUAUUCGUCAAAUGCAUACAAACGAUGAUACAAAUAUGACUACAAAUGAUUUUGACAGAAUUGAAGCAAUGAAAGAAAAAUCAAAGAAUGCAGCACGAAGUCGACGUGAAAAAGAAAAUGCGGAAUUUUUUGAAUUGGCAAAACUUUUACCAUUACCACAUGCAAUUACUGAUCAAUUGGAUAAAGCAUCUGUUAUACGUCUUACAACAAGUUAUCUUAAAAUGCGUGCUAUUAUACCCGAAGGACUUGGUAGUACAUGGGGUUCACGUUCACUAACUCAAACAGCAAUUGAGCGUGAAGUUAAUUCUCAAUUAGCACAAAUUCUCGAUGGUUUUCUAUUUGUUGUUGGUCCUGAUGGUAAAAUAAUGUAUAUAUCUGAAACAGCUUCAACACAUUUAGGUUUAUCACAAGUUGAAUUGACAGGAAAUUCUAUUUAUGAAUAUAUUCAUCCAAUUGAUCAUGAAGAAAUGGCUGCUGUAUUAACAGCACCAUUACCAACAUAUAGUCAAACAUUAUGUUCAAAUAGUGAAUAUGAAAUAGAACGCUCAUUUUUUAUACGUAUGAAAUGUGUUUUGGCUAAACGCAAUGCUGGUUUAACAGCAAGUGGUUUUAAAGUAAUACAUUGUUGUGGUUAUUUAAAAGUUAAACAAUUUAAUCUUGAUACAUUAUCAUAUUAUGGUUCAACAAAUAAUUUAAAUAAUAAUACUGAAAAUUGUUAUCAAAAUGUUGGUCUUGUUGCAUAUGGUUAUUCAUUACCAAGUUGUUCAAUAACAGAAAUACGUCUUUAUUCAAAUAUGUUUAUGUUUCGUGCUGGACAAGAUUUAAAAUUAUUAUUUCUGGAUUCCAGAGUAUCACAAAUAACUGGUUAUGAACCACAAGAUCUUGUUGAUAGAACUUUGUAUCAUUAUGUACAUACACAAGAUUUAAUGGCACUAAGAUGGGCUCAUCAAGUUUUACUUACUAAAGGACAAGUGACAACUCGAUAUUAUCGUUUCUUAGCAAGAAAUGGUGGUUGGAUAUGGAUACAAAGUUAUGCAACACUUGUUCAUAAUAGUCGAUCUUCACGACCGGAAGUUAUUGUUAGUGUCAAUCAUGCAUUAAGUGAUAUUGAAGCUAAACAUUUACAAUUGUCAAUUGAUCAAGUUGAAAAAACUCCGUCAGAUUAUAUACGUUCAACACAAGCAUUAGCAACAUUAGCAGCUAAUUCAGGUGACAAUGAUAAAUGUUCAUCAACAAAUACAAGUUUAAAUUCAUCAUCAUCAUCAUCAAUAUCAAAUAGAAAUUCAACAAAUAAAAUUCUUAAAACAAAUCGUUCUAUAAAACAACGUAAAUUAUCACCAAAAUCAAUAACAAAAAAUGAAAUAAUAUUAUCACCAACAAUCAAUGAUGAUUAUUCAUCAACAACAGCAACACCAGGUAUAUGCUAUACUCAUGAUGAUAUUUAUUAUUACAAUUCUCAUCAUCAUCAUCAUCAUCAUUCUCAAACAAAUCCAAAUUUUUCACUUUAUACAUCUUCAACUAAUUAUUCAAAUCCAGCAUGUUUUUCAACAUAUUCAAAUCUAGAUGAUGAUCAUAAUAAAUCUUCAUCACCUUAUUCUUCAUUACCAAUAUAUAAUUCAAUGUACUAUGAUCAACAACCAUCAAAUGACUAUAAUUUAUUAGCAUCUAAAAUGAUUCCUUCGAAACCACCACUACCACCACCACCACCAACACAACAGCAACAGCAUCAAGUGAUGUUAAAUAAAAAGAAACAAUUUUUACCUAUACCACUAUCAUCACAACAACAGCAACAGAAUAAUAAACGUGGCCCUUCAUGCGAAACAUUAACAUUAUGUGAUGUAAAUAAUAAAAGAAUUCGCCUUGAUAAUGAAUCUCAUCAUCAUUUAUCUCAUAUUGAUUAUGAAACAAAUCUAACGUCUGAUAAAAUUGAUUUAUAUCCAUCAGCGAAUAAUUGUUAUGCAUCAACAAAUUAUCCAACGGAACAUCCGUAUCAUCAUACGUCGGUGAUUGUCGACAGUCAACAGUAUUUUCUCAAUGGAUGGAAUGGAGCUGCUGCUUUCUAA